AUGUACCGCAACGAAAAGGCAUGCGGCCGCGCCAUUGCCAGCUCUGGCAUCGACCGAUCCGAGAUCUUCUUUACGACCAAGAUCCCACCGGAGUCCAUGGGCUACAAUGCCACAAAGCGGGCAUUAGACUCCAGUCUGCGGACUGCAGAGCAGGAAUACUUUGAUCUAGUCCUCCUCCAUGCCCCCUACGGUGGCAAAGAAGCCCGCCUCGGCUCAUGGAAGGCGCUUGUUGAGGCUCAGAAGGCCGGCAAGACGCGAUCGAUCGGAGUCUCGAACUAUGGUAUCCACCAUCUCGACGAACUAGAGGAGUAUAUCAAGUCUAGCGGAGACGGGAGCAAGAUUGAUGUCGGACAGUAUGAGUUGCACCCUUGGCUCGAUCACUCUGAUAUCGUCGAGUGGCUUCAGAAGCGCAACAUCAUCGUGGAGGCGUAUUCGCCUCUAGCUCAUGGUACUCGGAUGAAGGAGCCCUUGCUCGCAGAUAUUGGAAAGAAGUAUGGCAAGUCCCCGGCGCAGGUUAUGAUUCGUUGGAGUUUGCAGAAGGGCUUUGUACCUCUCCCCAAGUCUGUCACGCCCAGUCGGAUCCAGGAGAAUUCGGAGGUCUUUGAUUUCGAGCUCUCGGACGAGGAGAUGAAGAUGCUGCAUACUGGAGAGUAUUCGCCGACGGACUGGGACCCUACCGUUGAUUUUGACUAG